AUGAGCUACCUCUACACUGUUGGUGGCUACGCUACCUUGAUUGGUGUUGGAUAUGCACUCUACCACGUCUCAACACACAAGGCCAAUAGACGAACCGCCCCCGCUGCGCCCAGGGGCGCCAAGCCCUCGCACCAAGAGCCACGCAAGGAGGACAGGAAGAAGAAGCAGCGCAUGGAGAGCUUCGCCUCUGAGGUGCAAGAAGCCGCCAAAGAAAAGCCCCGUGACAAAACCGCCGAAGAGCACAGCACACAAUCCAGACCAGUCCCUAACGACAAAUCGGAUGACGGCGCCGACAAUCGCGAGUUUGCCAGGCAGCUGGCCAAGGCGCAGGAAGGCACCAAGUUUGCCGCGAAGGCCGAAGGGGCGAAGCAGCGAGAGAAGUCGGUCAAGCAGUCUCGCGCCAACCAGAUUUCGAACCGCGUCGCCGAGGACAAGUUGUCGGUCCCGUCGGCCCCGUCCUCGACCACGGGCGCCGACGCCGAUGACGAUCAAUCGCCCCCUUCAUCGCCUCAGACCCCUCCAGCGGACGUGAGCGGCGUCAGCGACAUGCUGGAGCCCACACCGGCCGGCCCUUCGGUCCUGCGCGUUACCGGAGCCGAGCCCCAGAAACAGAAGUCCAAGCCGGCCAAGGCCCCGGAGAAGACGGAGUCGAAGAAGCAGCGCCAGAACCGCAAGAAGGCCGAGGCUGCCAAGGCAGCUCGCGAGGAGUCGGAAAAGGAGCGAAAGACCCUGGAGGAGAAGCAGCGACGCGCUGCCCGCAUCGCCGAGGGCCGUGCCGCCAAGGACGGCUCCCUGUUCCAGGCUGCCAAACCAGCCAGCUCUGCCUGGAUCCAGGGCGCACCCAAUGGCGCCAGCGCCGGCCAGACGCCCGACGCCGGCGUCCUCCACCAACCCCUGGACACGCAGGUGAAGGCGGUCCCGACUGCCGUGAAGCAGCAGUCAGCCACGGAGCCGCCGUCGGGCGCCAAGUCGGAGAGCUCUUGGAUCUCGUCUCUCCCCUCCGAAGAGGUACAGAUGGAGAUGCUCAAGGACGAGGCCGAUGAUUGGAACACAGUGACGACCAAAUCUUCCAAGAAGGCUGCCAAGAAGGCCCCCUCAGUCUCCUCGGGCGACGAGAAGGUGCAGACGCAACCUGCGGCCCAGCCCAAGCAGCUCGCCGCCAGCACCAACAAGAGCCCACCCAAAGCCCCGGCUCCCCAAAACUUUGGCGGCUCGUUCUCGGCCCUUACCAACGACGAGGGCCCCGAAGAGGAGGAGGAAUGGGACGUAUGA